UUAACUGCCUUGCACUCUUCUGCUUUAGGGGGUCACAGUGGAAUGAAAGCAACAUAUCAGAGGGUUAAAAACAUAUUUUAUUGGCCUGGAAUGAAAAAAGAAAUAGAAGAUUUCGUGGCAAUUUGCCCUGUGUGUCAGAAAAACAAAGGGGAACACUGUCACUACCCUGGGUUGUUGGAUCCCUUGCACAUACCUGACAUGGCAUGGACACAUUUGAGUAUGGAUUUUGUGGAGGGACUCCCUAAAUCCAAUGGCAAAGAAAUUAUUUUUGUCAUAGUUGAUAGGCUGACUAAAUUUGCUCAUUUCAUUGCCAUGUCUCACCCUUACACAGUCCAGUCGGUGGCUACUGCAUUUAUAGAUAAUGUGAUCAGAUUGCAUGGACCUCCUAUAGCCAUUGUGUCAGACAGAGAUAAAAUUUUUACAAGUCACUUGUGGAAGGAAAUCUUUGCUGCAAUGAAAAUAGAACUCAGAUACAGUUCUGCUUAUCAUCCUCAGUCUGAUGGUCAGACAGAACGUGUAAAUCAAUGCAUUGAAAAUUAUUUAAGAUGCAUGGCAUCGGCAGAGCCAAAAAAGUGGGUAUAUCAUCUUCCAAUGGCUGAGUACUGGUACAAUACUUCCUUCCAUUCUUCUCUGCAGAAAACUCCUUUUCAAGCAUUAUAUGGGUAUGAUCCUCCCAAUAUCAGUGAGUUCUCUUUACCUGGAUCUCUAGAAGUUGGCCCUGCUGGCCCUACAGUGGAUAGGCAAGCUCUCAUGGGAUAGCUCAGACAGAAUUUGCAAGCAGCUCAGGCUCGAAUGGUCAAGUUUGCAGAUAAGAAGAGAACUGAACGAGUACUAGCUCCUGGAGAUAUGGUUUAUCUGAAACUGCAACCCUACAGGCUCAAUGCUUUCGGUAUCCGACACCAUAUCAAGCUGCAAAGCAAGUAUUAUGGACCCUUUCGAGUGUUGAGCAAAGUUGGUAAUGUGGCUUAUAAGCUGUUCUUGCCAGCAGAUUCCCAAAUCCAUCCGGUAUUCCACAUUAGUCAACUUAAAAAGCAUAUUGGCCCAACAGCAGUUCCUUGCGCGGAUCUACCCUUAAUUGGACCAAAUGGACAGAUAAGGACUGAACCAGUACUUGUCUUGGAAAUUCGUCAAAUACCACGGAACAAUGUUGCUGUGGUGCAGUGGCUCGUUCAGUGGGAGAACUUACCACCUGAAGAUGCUUCCUGGGAAGAUGCUGAUUUUAUCAAACACACAUUUCCGGGAUUCUUCAAGCAAACGGUGGAGAGCUGGCGGAAGCACGGCCCACCUUGAGGACAAGGUGGUUUUCAACGAGGAGGCAGUGUCAGGUAUCUGAAGUGCAAGACUCUUUCAGUUAUCGGACGGCUAGGAGCGGAGACAAGUGGAUUCAACGGCUCGCGUGCUCGCCGUAGUUUUAGGGGUACUGUAGUAAUUCAUUGACUGUAACCAGGGCUAUAUAACAGCCACUCCCAGCUCCUGCGUGGGCAUGUCAUUUUUGUCUGGUGAUCUAAAUCACUUUACUCCUAUACUUUACAGCUACCACACUCUGUAAUAUAUACAAUUCCUCUUGGCUUGGCCAAAUUCGAUCCCCAAUCAGACCUCAAAACCUAGUUCGUCAAGCUUACUAGUGUCCAGAUCCUAUCAGGGCAUGACACUAAUCUAGCAUCUCCGGUAUGGCGUCGGAGGGCGGAACCAAUGCGGCGGCGGCGGCGACGGAGGAGGAGAAUCAGCGUCGGAAGGGGAAGCCUUGGGACGAGGAUGGCCCCGGCAGCACCGACCGCUUGAAGGCGGAGAAGCUCGAGCCCUCCCCGAACGAGGGCCCCCUGCUCGAAACCACCUCCUUCUCCACCACCUUCGCCAAAGACAGAGAGGAGUCUCUGCUGGAGGCGUGGCCGGUCGUCAAGGGCGCGCUCAAGGAGCAAGGGGUCUCCUGCAAGCUCAGUUUGAGUGAGGGAUCCAUGACGGUUUCGACCACCAGGAAGACCAGGGACCCCUACAUUGUUGUCAAGGCCAGGGACCUGACCAGACUCCUGUCGCGGAGUGUCCCUGUACAUCAGGCGAUUAAAAUACUCAAUGAUGAUAUGACCUGCGAUAUUAUUAAGAUUGGUGACCUCGUAAGGAAUAGGAAAAGGUUUUCUGAACGGAGAGAGCGUCUGUUAGGACCUAAUAUGUCUACCCUUAAGGCCAUAGAGAAUUUGACUGGCUGCUACAUCUUAGUUCAGGGAAAUACUGUUGCUGCCAUGGGUUCCCUCGACGGAAGGGGACUAAAACAAGUCAGAAAGAUUGCAGAAGAUUGCAUGAAUAACAUAAAGGGUCCACUGGAUCACAUUCAGGAACUCAAAAAAGAACGUGAGCCGGCUAAAACACCUGCCCUGACUAAUGAAAGCUGGGGCAGGAUUCUACCAGAGUAUGAGAAGGAGAAUAUCAAACUGAAGAAGCCGUACACACCCUUUCCAUCUCCACAGCAGCCUAGCAAGACUGAUAUUGAACUUGAGAAUGGCAAGCAUUCUCUGAGUGACAAAAAGAAGUCGACAAAGAAACUUCAAGAGAAGCCGGACAAGCAAUCGAAGAAAGUGGAUGGAAACAAAAGAACGAGAGAAGCUGCAUCUAUUCCCCCAAAGGGGAGCACUGCAGGUUCAUCUGAGUCUGCCAUGGCCACCAGUGGCGAUAACGAGGUUGCUGAUAUGGUGGCCAUGCCCUCAAAGAAGAAGGCAAAGAAGUAAUAAAGAAAGGGUGGGCCGCAAGAAAAUGUGAGAACAAACGAGCUGUACGUAUCACGCCCUAGAAAGAAGCAGAAACUAUCCGACCCCAAGUAACCGCGCGUGAUAUGAAUGCACGGCGUCAGUGACUUCCUGAUAGAGGCUAUGUUAGUUUUGAGUUAGUCGAACCACCACCAUCGUGCCGCCGUACCAUCAAAUAGACCGAAAUUUGCUUUUUGAACCAAAAUAAUUUCUUAGGAAUCCUUUUGUAUGAAUUGCUUGAAAAGUUUUUGUGGGCGAUUUAUGGUCUACUUUCAGACACUGCUCUCGGACGAGAGCUUAUGUAUGACGCCCGUGGGCGUCAAACAGGGGAGUCUUAGCUUAAAAA